AUGGUUUAUGUUUGUUAUUUGUGUAACCGUAAAUCCUCGCGAAACGAUAACAUUUCAUUGCAUAGGUUUCCAAAGGAUCCAAAUCUGUGUCAAAGAUGGAAACAAACUUGUGGAUUUACUGAAAAAGAUGAUGUGUCGCAUAUUUACAUCUGUUCCGCUCAUUUUUCUACGGAUAAUCUUGAAAAAGUGGAUGCGUUUCGACAGUCAAGAAUUCGUUUAAAAACCGGAGCAGUGCCAUUGAUAUCCGUUUCUGUCACAACUCCUACUCCUCUUGCAUCGUCUCAUAAUAUGCAAGAUAACACAAGUGUUCAGAGUUUGGAAGUCGCUAUGGAGAUUGACGCUACUGAAUCUGCAGAAAAUCGUGUUUCUUGUUUGACAGAAAUAGCAGUAAAUAACGAUGAAAAAAUAUCACAGCUAGCCUCAAACGAAAUGGACAUGACUGAACAACAUCAGUAUGCUAAACAACGCUUGAUCUCGGAAAACGCGUCACAUUUGGCCUCAAGUAAAUUACGCACCCCUCCAAAACGACGAUUUGCUGAACCACGCUAUAUCUCGUAAAUUAGCACACCUGAUUUUUCAACACCCAAAAGAGCUCGGCGGGUUUUAAAACUAGUAAAAGAGACAGAUUACAAGAAAUGUAAAACUAUAAAGAGGCUCCAGGACUAAGUUCUGCGUUUGAAGAAACAUAUCAUCUCUUUACAAGAUUUAGUUACACAUUUAACCGAUAAAGGGCUCAUGACCGAGGAAGCUAGCGAUAAUUUAUUGGUAACGUAUAGUUUAAAUUGAGGAGUAGUACUUUAAGUGGUUAGGAAUAGUCCAAA